UCAACGUGUAAUAUUAACACAGUGUUAAUAACACUUCACUAUAUAAACAAGAUAAAGAGGUGGAGACGACAGCCUUAAAUCAUAUUCACAAUUUUUUUGUAAGAUGACAGACCAAACCAACCCGAGCCUUCCUCUAUUACUCAAGAAGCAAUCAUUUGAGCUUGUUAAACCCUCAAAACACACUCCUUGUGGAACUCUCUCGCUUUCUAGUUUAGACAACAACCCUCUUAACGAAGUUAGGCACGCAGUAAUUUACGUUUUUGAGGCAAAUCAAAAGAACCAAAACGAUCCGGUCUCUUUGCUUAGGAAGGCUUUGUCCGAACUUCUUGUGUACUAUUAUCCAUUUUCAGGCAGGCUAGUGAGACGAAAAAGUGAUCGAAAGUUUCAGCUGGUUUGUAAUAGGGAGGGAGUACCUUUUGCGGUCGCUACCGCAGCUCCUGAUCUCCCCUCUCUAAACUUUAUAGAAAACUUUGUUGAUGAAGUUGCGUUGCCGCUUGUGCCAGAGAUCGAGUUUAACUACGAAAAUGAGAUCGGUUAUCACCCUCUCGCUAUGCAGGUGACCAAGUUUCCUUGCGGUGGAUUCACCAUUGGUUUAUCAUUGUUACACGCGUUGUGCGAUGGUUUAGGUGUGGCUAGGUUCGUUCAUUCUCUAGCGGAGCUGGCCGGCGGAAAGAGUGAGCCAUCGGUACUGCCGGUAUGGCAGAGAGAGCGGCUAGUUAGGGAAAUAGAUAAUGAACCGGCUAAACUUCCAUGCGGUGUCGGUUCUAGAGCGAGUCUUUUGGCAACUUCCCCAUAUAUGUCAAGUAACGAUUGGGUUACAGAGAUAAUAAGCAUUAAGGAUGGCAAUAUAAAAAUGCUUAAAGACACUUUGGUCAGGGAAUGCGAAAUGCCCAAGGAGACUUUCACUACUUAUGAAAUUCUUAGUUCGUGCAUAUGGAAAUCAAGAUCUCGAGCCCUAAACCUAGAUCUUGACAAGAUCAGUGUCCUUUGCAUAGUUGUGGGAAUUGGACAUGUUCUUGAUCCGCCACUGUCGGAGGGUUACUAUGGCAACUCAGUCGUAGACGUGUAUAUCGAAUUAACCGCCAGAGAGCUCCAUGAAUUAUCUAUCUCUGACAUUGUGAAAAUCGUGAAGGGAGCCAAGAAAAAAGCUUAUGACAAGAGGUACAUCGAGGAGGAGAUAAUAAACAUAGAGAGGAUGAUUAAGGAGGAUGCAAAAUCGGACCCGGUAGUCGAUGGCUUAUUGGUUAUGACCGAUGUAAGAAAUAUCAAGUUGUUUGGCUCGAUGGAUUUUGGUUGGAAUGAUCCUGUGAAUAUGAGGUUUCUGACGUUUCAAGAAAGCGCCAGAAACAUGGUGAUGAUCUUGGGACCAUCCAAGUUCGAUCCAGGAAUGGAAGGUGGAGUUAGAGUGGUAAUAACAUUACCGAGAGAUGCAAUGGUUAAGUUCAAGCAAGAGAUGGAUGCUAUGUUGCAACUUCGUUCUCGCUUUUGAUCUGUCUUUUCCUUUUUAUUUUGUCGAGUCAUUUUGCGUAACCUUAGCUGCUUCCAACUAAAAUAUGUAAAGAACUCAUCUUUUCUUGCAUCUUA